AUGGAGGAGAGUUGGAGCGCCUGCCUCCAGAGCCUCGAGGGCCAUAGAAGCUCUGUCCUUUCGGUUGGCUUCUCCCGCCAACGCAAGCUUAUCGCUUCGGCGGCACACGACCGCACUAUCAGGGUGUGGGAUGCCAGCAGUGGAAAAUGCCUCCAAACCCUCAAGGGCCAUAGCGAUUCGGUCUACUCGGUUGUUUUCUCUCAUGAUUCUAAGUCCCUCGCCUCAGCUUCGUACGAUCGCACUAUCAAAGUGUGGGAUACCAGUAACGAGAACUGCCUCCUAACCCUUGAGGGCCAUAUCGGCCCGGUUGUUUCGGUCGUCUUCUCUUAUGAUUCUACACUGCUUGCCUCAGCUUCGUACGAUGAGACUGUUAAGGUGUGGGAUAUCAGUAACGAGAAAUGCCUACAUACCCUUAAAGACCAUAAUGGCCUGGUCAGUUCGGUCGUCUUCUCUUAUGAUUCUAAGUUCAUUGCCUCAGCUUCGGACGAUGAGACCGUCAAGGUGUGGGAUUUAGGGAGCGAGAAAUGCCUCCAGACAUUCGAGGGCCAUAGCGGCCGGGUUCAUUCAGUCGCCUUCUCUCAUGAUUAUCAGCGCCUCGCCUCAGCUUCGUACGACCGCACUAUCAGGGUAUGGGAUACCAGGGACGGCCGAUGCCUCCAGAUCCUUAAGGGCCAUAGCGACUCGGUCAGUUCAGUCGUCUUCUCUCAUGACUCUAAGCUCCUCGCCUCAGCUUCGUACGAUCGCACUAUCAAGUUGUGGGAUACCCGUAACGAGAGAUGCCUCCAAACUCUUGAGGGCCAUAGUGGCUGGGUCAACUCAGUCGCCUUCUCCCAUGAUUCAAAGCUCAUCGCCUCAGCUUCGCGCGAUGAGACCGUUAAGAUGUGGGAUACUAACAGCGGUCAAUACCCCCAGACCCUCAAGGAUCAUAGCGGGCGGGUUCAUUCAGUCGCCUUCUCUCAUGACUCUAAGCGCCUCGCCUUCUCUCAUGACUCUAAGCGCCUCGCCUCAGCUUCGUACGACCGCACUAUCAGGGUAUGGGAUACCAGUAACGAGAACUGCCUCCUAACCCUUGAGGGCCAUAUCGGCCCGGUUGUUUCGGUCGUCUUCUCUUAUGAUUCUGAACUCCUUGCCUCAGCUUCGUGCGACGAGACCGUUAAGAUAUGGGAUACUAAAAGCGGUCAAUGCCUCCAGACCCUCAAGGGCCAGAACGGUUCGGUCAACUCGGUCGCCUUUUCCCGUGAUUCUAAGCUCGUCGCCUUUGGUUCGCCCAAUGAGACCGUUACUGUAUGGGAUGCAAGCAGCGGCCAAUACGUCCGGACCCUCAAGGGCCAUAGCGGCUUGGUUAGCUCGGUCGCCUUCUCCUAUGAUUUCAAGUACAUCGCUUCGGGCUCGCUCAAUGAGAACGUCACGGUAUGGGAUGCAAGCAACGGCCAAUAUAUCCGGACCCUCAAGGGCAAGAGUGGCUUGGUCAAUUCGGUCACCUUCUCCCGUGAUUCUAAGAUCAUCGCCUCGGCUUCAGUCAAUGUCUUAUCAGACGACGGUUUCAUUCAUGUAUGGAAUGUCAGCAGCGGCGAGUGCCUACAGACUCUUCGUGUUAAAAGAAAAGUUAAUGUAAUAUCGUUCGACACUACCAACUCAUAUCUCGAAACUGACAAUGGUACCAUCUGUUUACCUUCAAUUUCGGAUAUAAGAGCGACCGGGACCGAUGCCGAAGUGCCGAGAUUUGAGGGAUAUAGUAUAAGUGACGAUGGUAGAUGGAUCACUUGGAACUCAAAGGAAUUGGUAUGGUUACCACCGGAGUACCGCUCACUUACUUCCGCCGUGUCACUGUCGACAAUAUGUCUUGGUUGUCCUUCAGGACGAGUACUAGUAUUUACCUUUGAUUCUGCGAGACUAUUACAUGUCCUUGGUGGGGGCUGA